AUGAUGGCCUACAGAGAGUAUGUCCUGUGGGCCAUCCCCAACACGAAACGGACCUGUGGGGGAGGUAGUAUUGGGGGGCACCAUGGCGGCUGUGAGGAGCAAGAUGCCAUUGGGCUGCCUCAGGUGGCGUCAUACUUUGGUCACACGGUGGCUGUUGCUGAUGUGAAUGGCGAUGGGAAGGACGACAUCUUGGUGGGGGCGCCGCUGUACAUGGUGUCCCGCUCCGACCACAAGCUCUACGAGGUGGGGCGCGUCUACCUGUACCUGCAGCACCGGGGCCCCCACCCCUACAGGCACCCCGCACAGACCAUGACCGGCACCGAGGUCUUCGGCCGCUUCGGUACAGCCAUCGCUCCUGCGGGGGACCUGGACCAGGACGGCUACGUCGACGUGGCGGUGGGGGCUCCGUUCGCCGGGAGCGGUCGUGUGCUCAUCUUCAGGGGGUGCAGCGAGGGGCUCCGCACGCCGGCCUCGCAGGUCCUGGAGAGCCCCUUUCCUGGUCGUGCCGCCUUCGGCUUCUCCGUGCGCGGCGCCACCGACAUCGAUGCCAACGGGUACCCAGAUGUGCUGGUUGGGGCGUUCGGCGCCAGCAAGGUGGCCGUGUACAGGUGAGUGCCCAG